CCAAGCCGACGCCGACCCACAGGCCCCGACCCCUGCCUCAACUUGACCCAGGUGCGACCACCGUGCCGGCCAUCGCUCCCCCCCGCAGGUUCUAUGAUGGAUAGCGAGGUGGAGAGGACUCUGUCAGAAUUGGAGGAGAAGACUUAUGGUAUUUUCUUAGAUUUCAUGACGAGAAUCGCAAAGGUUGAUGAGCUGGUCGAAGUAGGAAAGCAGUUUCUUAUUGGAUUCCACAGAGAAGUAGAGAUGUUUAGAAGACCUCAACUUCAUAAGACAUCUGAGAUGGUGGAUGGCAUAAUUAAAGCUAAUUGCACAAACAGAAUGAAGUCAUAUGUUGAAGCUGGGUGCAAACAUCCCAACCAAAACAUACAAAACAUAAUCAAGUUGCAUUCUUGUGAACAAGGACUUCAAGGCCAUUUAAAAAAAGUUAAGGUUUUGCUUGAUGAACUUGAACGCCUCAAGGAGGAUGCAAUCGGUCUUGCAUGGAUGACAAAUCAAAGUGCAUCACUUUUCUUGGACAAGUAUUCUUGUGAGAGCAUAAGAGAUCAAGUAACUUUCCUUGAGGAGGAAAUAGAACCUUUGCAUCUUCAAGAGAAAUCGAUGUCAUAUGUCACUAUGAUGGCGGUCAUCUAUGGCAUGCUGAACCUUGACCAUGCUAUGCAGGAAAAUAUCAUUCAGUCCAUAAAUCUUAGUACAUCAUCAGCACAAUUAGAAAGCUACUGUCUCAUGUGGGAUGUACGGCCGUAUAUAAAUGAUAAUGUCAUGCGCCUAGCUUGGAAAUACGUUCCAUGAUGAGCCAUCUACAUUUGGAAAUUAGUUUGAAGUAAUGAACCAGAGCAGGUUUACUGGUAAAAAUUAUUAAGGUGUUAUCUUUUCCUCCUUUUUUCCACAAUUUUAAACUUUCACAGACGGAAUUCUUGGAGGUUAACCAGUCUCCAGUCGGCCUUGUCCCUGAUCUUGUGUACAAUAAUGAGUUAUUUGUGCUUUAUAAAAGAUGUUUUAUUAGUA